CUGUUUUUCAGAUUUUGCCUUCCUUUUAAAUAAUUCUGCAACCGAAUGCUUUGUCAUACUGUUACAGAAGAAAUCACUCAUGAUAUAGAGAAGAAGCCAUAUAUGUAAAGUGAAUUUUGCCACAAUUCACAAUACUUUUAGCAAAUGUCUUAACUGUUAGUUUCAUUUAUUAUUGUAACUGAAGGCCUUGGCAAUUAUAGGCAGCCUAUAAAUACAUGUAUACAAAUAUUAAAAAGUCCUUCCUCCAUGUGCAACCUUGUGAAAACCAUGGGCAGUAAUUGACCCUGGCUGUAUCAGAAACAUAUGGGUUCAAACUAUGUGUAUGCUGACAGUUUGAGUCUACUUCGUCCCCAGGACCUGAUACCAUGGGGAAAAAACCAAAGCCCUAUUCUGCAUUCUGUACACAGAAGUACUGAACCCAUGAGGAGGGUGAGCAUGCUGUGCCCUUUCCCUACUUUGUCACCCCCUACUGGUGGAGGACAGCUCUGAAGAAUCUGUAUUCUCCUAUAUCCAUACAGGCUCUCCAUGGGACUGAGAACACAACUUUCUGUGUUUUUGAUUAUGUGCAGAGCCUCUUGAAUACUCACAAAGUUGACUUCCAGAAAUAGAGAAGGCAGGGUUAGCACUUGGCUCUCCUCAUUUUUUCACUAUUCUGGAUGUAGAAUGCCUGAAUAGGGCUAGACAGAUGUGGUACAAGGCACAUUUCUCCGUUAUGCACUAUAGAUCAUGUAUGUUAUGAUAUACAAGACUAAUAGGUUCAAAAACUUGGAGUUCUACAGUUGAUUACAGGUUGAGAGAAUUUGAGCCUAUAUUAGAAUUUAGUCUUAGAAUGUAUUGGUGGAAAUAGUUCAUAAAUUGUUUAUUAAGUAUGUGUUGUGCAUAUAAGUCCCCUUCAUAAUGGCUUCAUGUGAAGACUCUCUAUGUUUUCACAUUAUAUAUAUAUUCUAUCUAUCUAUCUCUUUAGCAUUAUAUAUUGCACUCAUACUUUUAAAAAUGUGCUAACUUGUAUGUUGUUCUCAGAAAGUGAACUGCAGAAUAUGACAAUAAGUGAUCCCAGGAGGUGAUGCAUGGUAGUGGCAGAAGUACUGUGUAUAUGUUAACUGGGAUUAAGCCCUGCUGAACACAGUGGGACUGAGUUCUGAAUGAACAUAGAUACGGAUGCAUGUAGGAUUGCAAUAUUGUACAUAAGGAAGCUUCUGCCACAGACUCACUGGUUGACCUUAAUCUUUCCUUGUUCUACUAUUCUGUACUCCUUAUCAUUAUUCCUUAAUGGAAUAAUGAUACAGAUUUGUCAUACAGAGUUACGCUGAGAAUAGCUGUGUCAGGAGCUAGAUUCCCGCCCCCACCCCCGCUUGACUUUUCCCUUUGUACAAUGGGCAGUUCUUUGGCAAAAGUUAUUUAUUUCCAGUGUUCAUCCAGCAAGUUACAGCCAGCAAAGAAAAAUCUCUGAACAUGCACAGAGUAGUUUGUUGAACCCAAACUAGAAAUUAUUUCCAAGAACCUUCCUUUUGAGAAACCCUGGGCUCCACCCAUCUGGGAGUGCCUCUCUGGAGACAGGCAAGCCUCCAGCUUGUACAGAGGCCUUCUAGUUGGCUAGCCCUUCUUUCCUGAUGCCAUGUCAUGGGGGCAAGGAUUGGAGCAGACUCCUCUGGUUCCUUUCCCAUGUCCCCUUCUAGCACUUUCAGACUGUUUGGUUCCCACUGUCUGCCUGAACACCUGGGGAUAAGCUCUUCCUCCUCUGCUACCUCUUUCUGCAGAUCUCCUUUCCUAGGCCUCACUGCCUUAUCCGAAGAGUCUGUCACUCUGUCCUGAAACGUGCACCAAGAGCAACUGCCUCUUUCAUUCCCAGUGUGCUGAAUUAUUGAACUGUUUCAAACACUAAAGCCUCCUUCAUAAAUGCUGAGUUGCAUUAUCAGACAAAGUAUGAUACUCAGAGUUGCUGUGUAAAUUCCAAUGCUAAUAAUUCCCAAGAAUGUUACUCGACGCAGGAAAGAGACUCUACUCACCUUUAACACCCCAGAUUCAAACAUGUGGCUGUGCUCCAGCAAUACUGCCCAAGGAAACUUGAUGCUCAAUUGGACUUCUCAUAAUCAAUGGGGUAGUAGCUGCACGAGCUUCUGUUGACCCUUUCUUUCCACCCAGUUGUAGGAGUCCACUUUGUAGGAAUCCUUGGACUGGCAUGAGAAAGCAAUGACGGCAUUAAUAUGCACUAUCUGCGUGUUCAUAUUUAUGCAGAAGCAGAUCUCGCUGUGUUCAGUGACACUUAAGUAUGUGUGUAAGGCUUUCACAUUAACGCUCCAGAGUCAUGUAAUAAGAUUGUGGAAAAACUAGAACUCUGUCUCCUUGAUCCACACACCCAUCAUUUUUUCCCCCGUUGAGUUACAGAAUCAGGAAGAUCUCAGCUGAAAUUGUGAAGUAACUGGAAGCCUUCCAAGAUGUUGGAGGAAGAUAUGGAAGUUGCCAUCAAAGUGGUGGUGGUUGGAAAUGGAGCUGUUGGAAAAUCCAGUAUGAUCCAGAGAUAUUGCAAAGGAAUUUUUACAAAAGACUACAAGAAAACUAUUGGAGUUGAUUUCUUGGAAAGAGAAAUGCAAGUCAAUGAUGAAGAUGUCCGACUGAUGCUGUGGGACACAGCAGGUCAAGAAGAAUUUGAUGCUAUUACUAAAGCUUAUUACAGAGGAGCCCAAGCUUGUGUGCUUGUGUUUUCAACCAUUGAUAGAGAAUCUUUUGACGCAAUCCCUACCUGGAAAGAGAAAGUAGUAUCCGAAGUUGGUGACAUUCCUACAGUGCUUGUUCAGAAUAAGAUUGACCUCCUAGAUUAUUCCUGUAUAAAAAAUGAAGAAGCAGAAGCAUUGGCAAAAAAAUUAAAAUUAAGGUUCUAUCGAGCUUCUGUAAAGGAGGAUUUAAAUGUAACAGAAGUUUUUAAGUAUUUAGCUGAGAAGUAUCUGCAAAAACUCAAACAACGGAUAAUUGAAGAUCCAGAAAUAGUACACACAAGUAGUAACAGAAUUGGUGUCUUCAACACAGCAGGUGGAAGUCAUUCUGGCCAGAAUUCAAACUUGCUUAAUGGUGGUGAUGUCAUCAACCUUAGGCCAAACAAACAAAGGACCAAGAAAAACAGAAGCCCAUUUAGCAACUGCAGCAUACCUUGACACUGCUAUACAGAGAAAUCCCGGUCUGACACAGUUGUUCACCUCAAGUUUGUAAGGAACACAGCUGGCUGUAGAGAUGUUUUACCAGUGCUUUAGCAGAUGUUGCACGCAUUGGAUCCCACAUUAUAGUGGAUACUGCUGUUAAAAUGAAUUAUUGUUAUCGGUACAUGAGACCUCUGGUGGCACAGAAAUCAAACCAUUACCCCAUGCAUUUAUUUCACAUUGAAUACGACAACUUUCUGGUUGAAAGGUAUGAUAUAUUAAAGUGUACAGUAGGUUUCACUUCUUGAAAACAUAAAUGGAAAUCAGUUGUAUUCAUACUGUUCAAGAUAAUAUAGCUUUUCCUACAUAACAGAUCCUAUGGCUCAUUAGGAAGAUACUAAAAACUGAAACUGAAAUAAAUAUUUCAGUAAAUUAUUCAGUGCACAUUCCUGCAACAUUGGUGGUGCAAUAUUUGUAUAGCUUAUGAAUUUUAACUGCAAUUUAUAUACAUAUCUAGAAGCUUGGUCAAAGAUUCAGGCUAAUAAAACAGGUACUAUGUCUGGUUAUAGGUCUUAAUGGUACCUAAUGACAUGUGAGAAGUAUUUUUCAACUUUUGAGUGCAGCUUUCUCAAAUGGCACUCUGCAUAUUCACUUUCCCUUCACAGUGGGCCUUAACUUAAAAAAAUGUGUUGUGCCAAAACUUAAGUUUUAUGCUGCUACACUUAAGUAUUUUGGUUGGUUUUGUGUCACAAUAUACAUUCUAAAUUUUUCUGAGCAAACAGGUGAUAAACGGUACAGGCAAGCAGAACACAUCUAGUUGUUUGUUUAAAAAAAAUUGGAACUCUGUAAUGUGUACAUUACAGAAAACCAUGGUGAAAUAUGAGGAUACUUGUUUUCAAAAGGUUAAAAGUUAUUUUGAAGAAUUUCUUUAGUGUAUCUUGUAAUACGUGUUCUGCACCCAGGUAAAGGAGAUAAGGCCCCUUUAAAGAUGUGCCUGCUCUUAAUCGCACAGUGUGAAUGUAAGCCUGCAAUCUUAUGCUCACUUUCCUGGGUGUAAACCCCACCAAAUUCAUGGGGUUUACUCUGAGUAAACGUGUGUAGGAUCAAGCUGUUGUCCCCUUAAAGUUGAUGUACAUCCAUAUAAAAUGUUUACAAUCAGAAUGUUAACUUUUUUGACAAACAAAUCUCAUGCUGCAAGGUCAUUGUUAAACGUUAACCCUAGUUUCCUGUUGAUGCAUGUAUCUACAAUACUGAUUCUGUUUACAUGUUAUUGUGUAAUAGCUCCACAGUAUUUCUGUAAUAAUUCUUUGCCAGCAGCAAUUGUUCUGUUUCUAAGAAAUGUUAGAAUAUCAGUAGUUUAGGAGAAUAGUUGUUUUCAAAGGCAAUUAAUACGACGUGAAGCUCUACAGGCUGAAGUGUACAGUUCCUUUGGAUGAUGAGCUCUUCUUCAGAAUAUUACUUUUAAACAUCCAUAUUGAGUCUUUUAUGAGCUAUAAUCAACAUUGAAUUAUUCAUUUACUUAUGAGACCUUGUCACCAUAAGUCUGUAUAUUGUUAAUAUUUUUGGAGAGGUUUCUAACAUUCCAUGAAUUUAUAUAUAAUAAACCUAAAAUAUAUAUACA